AUGUCCUUAAACCCCACUACAAUAGGUCAUUACACAGAGGGGGAGGGCCUUAGUUUGCCAGCCUACCAUAACCUGAGUGAGUUGGAUUGGGCCAACGUGACUGAGUUUACCUGGUACAGAAACGGAACCCAGGAGCUCCCGUCCUCUGAGGAAGGGCGUGUGCAUCAUCAUGGGCCGGUGCUCUUCUUCCUCCCCCUUUUAAUCAACGACUCUGAUCAGUACUACACCUACUGGAGAAAGGCAGCAAACACCUGCGUCAUAUUUGUGACAAAGGUGAUUGUGGUCAAAGCCCAACCGUUCGAUCACUCAGUCCUGUUCAGUGAUAUCUCAGAUUCAGCAAACAAAAUCCGUAUCCCAUGUCCUGACCCCGUGGAACAACUGUGCCAGGAUGGAAAAGAAAACUUAGCCUGGUAUAAGAAUUUCAGUCUCAUUCCAAACGAGUCUAAGAGUAAUCUGUGGGUGAAUGGCACCUCAAAAGCAGACGAGGGCAUCUAUACGUGUGUGUGCACGUGGGAUCACAACGGGAGGGUUCUCAACACUUCUGCAUCCAGGAGACUAAAGAUCCAAGCUCCCUCUGCCUCGCAUCCUCCUCAGAUCAACCUGCCUAGAGACGGAAGCACAGAGACCACUGACCUGUACACCACAAAGAAGUUGAGGUGUGAAGCAUUUUGUGGGCAGAACAUUGUAGACAACUGUCACGUGUCGUGGCAGAUGAACGGAGUGGCAGUGGGUUCGCAGCAGCAAGGCUACUCAGUGAUCACCACCAGCGAGGUGGAGGUAUCUUCAAUGCGGAGUAUCUUCACGGCUAUCCUGACCAUAGACACAGUGACUAUCAAGGACCUCCAGUCAGAGUUCAAGUGUGUUGCCAGAAACGACCAGACAUUGAUUCAUGCAGUGGUGACUCUCAAACCAAGAUGGUUUAUAUUUAUGGGUCUAUGUGUGGCAUUGCUGCUCUUCUUCUUGCUAGCUGCUGUAGCCGUCAAAGUGUUUGACAUCGAUCUGGCUCUCCUCUUCCGUGGAGUUUUCAAAUGCUAUGAUCGAUCUGAGGAUGGGAAGGUCUAUGAUGCUUACAUUGUCUACCAAAUGGAUGGCAUAGACAAAGACAUGGACGAGAAAGUGUUUCACUUUGUGAGCAGCGUUCUGCCGACUGUCCUGGAGCAGAAGUGUGGCUUUAGACUCUUCAUCCACGGCAGAGACGACCUACCUGGAGAAGACCGCAUGGAGUUGGUGGAGGCCUGCAUGCGGCUGAGCAGGAGGCUGAUUGUCAUCCUGACCCCCAGCUCAAGCUCAAGGUCAGGCUCAGGAGGUCAAGGGUCAUGGGGCCAGUGGGGCUACUCGUCAUCGUUGACCUCAGCGGAGGACUAUGACUGUCAGGUGGGGCUCCACCAGGCUCUGGUCCACAGUGAGAUGAGCGUCAUACUCAUCCAGCUGGGAGACAUGGGGGAGGGGGGCUACACACACCUGUCCCCCGGCCUGCAGCACCUGGUCCGCAAGAGUGCCCCCUUAAUGUGGCAGGAGGGAAAGCGUGGGUCGACGCUGCCCAACUCAAGCUUCUGGAAGAGGGUGCGUUACAUGAUGCCUUGGCCGCGCCACUCGACUAGUUUUGACAACCCGGUUAAUAUGACUCUUCUAUGUGAACGAUCAGAAGGUCUGAGGACUUGAAGUGCGGUUGGAGGUCUGGGAUUCUGUUAUAGAAGAGAACACCCCAGGUUGUCUCUGAAAAUCCUUAUUCCAGUCAUAGAAAUAUAAUGAAUGAUUCCAGUGCUGUGCAGAGAUAUACACAGGUUAGCUGAGAACGUCACAAAAACGAUGUGUACGCUUCAAUGUGGCAGAAGGCAGUGUGUUGUGAUUCUGGAUGGCUAGCAACAAUGAAUAGAAACUGCCAUGUGGGGAAUCGUAAGUGGCUAAUUUCAGCUAGUGUUAUCUUGUUCUUGGUACAAUGUGUUGUUUUUAGGGAUUUUCACUGAUGUCACGUCAAUGCUAAAAUGGCAAAAAUUUGCUAGCUAACUUACAACU